AAUUUGGAAAUCAAACAAAUUAUAGAUUAGAAAAAGUCCUUCAAGUCUGCUGCUUAAGUUUCGAAGAAGACCACACACUACUCUCUUGACUUGUUUUCAUUGACCCUUCCUAUCUCAUCAAUCACUCUUCUUUCAAUACUAUAAAAAUCCUCAAACAAUCAUCUUCACUUCAUAACUUCAUUUCAAUUUGAAAAUUUACAUCUUCCCUGAAUCUCUAUAUUCUAUUACAAUUUGCAUCAAGUGUUCUUCUACCUUAUACCUCUUAUCUCACAUAUCACAAGCUUCCAUAACAAUGAUGAAAGUAGUGUUAAAGUUGGAAAUAAAUGAAGACAGAAUAAAGCAAAAAGCUAUGAAGGCAGUCUCUGGCCUUUCAGGGGUUGAAUCAGUUUCAGUGGACAUGAAAGACAAGAAAUUAACCUUAAUAGGAGAUAUUGAUCCAGUACGAGUAGUUGGUAAGCUAAGGAAGUUUUGUCAUGCUGAAAUCAUUUCAGUUGGACCUGCUAAAGAAGAAAAGAAAGAUGAAGCUAAAAAGAAGGAAGAUGCUAAGAAAGAUCCAGCAAAAGAAAAUAUUGUGAUUAAUCCUUUCAUGUUUCAUGGAACACAUGCUUACUAUAGUCAUCAGAUGAAACCACAAUAUAAUCCUUAUUACGGUGCUGUUAGCGUUGAAGAGGAUCCUAAUAGCUGUGUUAUCAUCUAAAUUUUGUCUAUUAUAUUUGAUAAAAAGUUAAUCUGAAAAGUUAUUGUAUAUUUGCUUUCUAUUUGUUUUGUAAGUGUAGUAUAUAGCAUUGAUUAUAAUAUGAAGCUUGCAAGACUAUUCCUUUACAUUUUCUUUAUGUAAUAAGAACAUUCUUAAUCAAUAUGAUGAGACAUCGGAUUAAUCAC